GAACCGUCCAAAUGAAUUUGCACCUGGAUUCCCCCGGUAAACCUACAUGUUUAAUUUGAAUUAAAAUGUAGAUGUGCAAAAAUUUAAUUCACAAAUUUUUGCACCGCAUAUGACGCUCCUACCAUUAUCUUGGUUAACUAUCGUAGCUCGCGUUUCCAGACCCUGUAUAUACGCUUCAAGCCCUCGGGCCAUCACCUGGUGUAGUAUGCAGUAAACUUAUAGGUUAUGUUUUCUUUUUCUUGGUAUGGAACGUAUUUAGCAAAAAUUAUUAUUAUUUGUACUAGAAGGAACCGGGAUAAUUUCUGAUAAUGUAAUGAUUACAUAUUCCAAUUAAAAUGGAGUGGUACUGGUAUACAAUUGUCUUCGUUAUGUUCAUGUUAAUCUUUUGCUUAAGAUUUAUAUGUAAACAUGGGUGUAAUGUUGAGCCAGAUUAUAGACGAAAUGAACCUCAGAACAUAUCCUCGCCCGCAGCAACUGCCGGAUUCCAAGUGGUGAGGCAGCACAUAUCUAUACGUGAUGAAUACUCUUCAAUGUGUUCCCCUCUAACGGAGUCUUCAUCGUUGUCAGAUAGCAGCAUGUAUCGAUCUAAUGCCAUACCAACAUUAAGCACUCCAUAUCCUCCUAGCAUAUCUACCCUAAGUAGCGUAUACCCUCCUCCUUUAUCCAAUGUAGAAAACAUUAAUCUUCCUUAUAGGUCUGAACAAAUUGCAUCCACUCCCUCAGACGAUUUACCUCCUUCUUAUGAGGUUGCUACAGGUCAAUUAUCGUCAACUGUAGGUGUACGACAAAAUCAUAAUAGUCACGCAUAACUGAUGCCCACUUUAUGGGGUGGUUUUUAUCUUUUUCUAUAUGUAUAACUAUAAAAAAAUGACGAUUGCAUUUCUAUUUGAUGUGCCUUUAUAUACAUGUAAUGUCAGAUUGUUUUUUAACAAAACUUGUUAUAGAGUUUUAAAUUGUUGAUAUUUUUUUACAAUUUUUAUCAGAUGUGAGGAUAGUUUUUUACAUUUGCUUUAAUUGUUUAUUGUUAUCCAAGACAAGCAUUUGUACAUUAUGUUUCGAAUAAUAACUGUUACUGAAUGAUAA